AUGCGCCCGUACAUCCCCAAGGCAACCUUCGCCUUCUGCCACUCGCUCCUCUCCUCCCGCUUCCGCCCGUCCGCCGCCUCGCCGGCGGCGCCGCUCCUCCCCGUCCAGGCCAUCCUCACCACCGCCGGCCUCUCCCCGCGCCACCCGGAGCUCUCCCUCGUCGCGCUCAACUCGCUCCUCCGCGUCCUCGCCCGCGGCGCCUCCUCCCAGGCCCACCCGCUCCUCGCCCUCCGCCUCCUCCUCCUCAUGCUCUCCCCCGCCUCGCCGCUCCCCGGCCCCGACCACCUCUCCUUCCCCUUCGCCCUCUCCGCCGCCGCCGCGGCCCACGUCGCCCCGCCCCCCGGCCCGCAGCUCCACGCGCUCCUCGUCAAGAACGCCCUCUUCCCCUCCGACCACUACGUCACCACCGCGCUGCUCCAGCUCCACGCGGCCCGCCCGGACGACGCGCGGAGGGUGUUCGACGAGUUGCCGAGGCGGGAGGCCAUCCACUACGACCUGGUCAUCGGGGCGUACGCGCGCGCCGGGAUGGCCGCCGAGGGGCUGGCGCUGUUCAGGGCCAUGUUCGCGGACGGGGUGGCGCCGGACGCCGUUGUGCUCACGACGGCGGUCGCGGCGUGCGCCCAGUCCGGCGCGCUGGAGUGCGGGGAGUGGGUGCACCGGUACGUGGAGAGCAACGCGCCAGGGCUGCUGGCGGACGCGUUCGUCGGGUCGGCACUGGUGAGCAUGUAUGCCAAGUGCGGCUGCCUACAGAAGGCGGUCAAGGUGUUCGAGGGAAUGCCGGAGCGGAAUGAGUACGUCUGGGGUACCAUGGUCGGUGCGUUCGCGGUGCAUGGCAUGGCGAGGGAGGCAGUGGCCUGCUUGGAGAGGAUGGCAGGCGAGGACGGGGUGCGCCCGGAUGGCGUGGCAGUGCUCGGGGCGCUGUCCGCCUGCGCACACGCCGGAAAGGUUGAAGACGGGCUCAGACUUCUCAAGGAGAUGCGCCGGCGGUACGGCGUCACCCCGGGGCACGAGCACUACAGCUGCACUGUCGACAUGCUGUGCCGGGUCGGGCGUCUGGAGGACGCGGUAGGGCUAAUCGGGACAAUGCCGAUGACCCCGCUCGCAUCCGUGUGGGGGUCUCUCCUAGCAGGCUGCCGGAUGUACGGCAACGUCGAGUUGGCAGAGGUGGCAGCCAAGGAGCUCGAGAAGCUAGGUGUUGGCGCCGACGAGGGCGUGUACGUCCAGCUGUCCAACAUUUAUCUCGAUGCCAACCGCAAGGAUGACGCGCGGAGGGUGCGAAAGCUGAUCGGCAGCCGGGGGCUCAAGAAGGUCCCGGCGUAUAGCGCGGUGGAGGUCGACGGCGAGCUAAGCUCUUUUGUCGCUGACGACCAGGCGCAUCCGCGGCGCUUUGAGAUAUGGGACGUGCUUGGGCUGCUCGCUGACCAGAUGGGGCUGAAAUCAGACGAGGAAGAAGAAGAAACAACCUUUUUGUUGCGUCCUUGUAUAACAAGAAAAACAAAUUUAGAAACCAUGUGACAGACUAACAAGUUAAGCAGUGAGCAGCAAACGAUAUUUCUUGAUUUAUUGCCAAGGAGUAUGAUACUCAGGAAACAACAGAACAUUGUUCAGCACCAAACACAAAGUAUUUUGUUUCGAGUUGUUCCUUGUCUU